AUGUUCAUUCCACCAUACCUCCAGCGAUGGGCGCUGCUCAACCUGAUCCGAGUCCUCACCAUCGUCUCGUGCAUCCUCUUCAUCUCCUCCAUCAUCCGAACCCUCGUCAUCAACUUCAACCACUAUCCGCCACCCCUCUCCUUCUCCACCUCCUCUUCCUCCUACUACCCUUCCACCGACAUCCCCACCACCUUCCUCGGUGUGUUCUGGUCGACACUCCAUCAUUCUUCCAUCCUGCUCGUCCUGCUCACCGUCAUCCUGUCCGAACUUUCGCUCCCAAUCCCUCUGCUCAACCGCUUGUUCAAGAACACGCUUCCCUUUUUAGGUCCAAACUGGGGAACAGAUUUCCUGGGGGUCCUGCUGAUCUUGGUUGCAGGGGACAGUUUGAGUAGGGGCGAUGUCGGAGGCAGGUUCGCAGAGAUCAGCGCUUGGGUGGUGGCGAGUUUGGGAGUGGCGAAUGUCGCGGUGGGCGUGGCGUGGAGGGCAAAGGCCAAGGUGGUGAGGAGUCCAAUGGGAUGGAAGGCCGAGGUGGCGGAGAAGCUGGAGAAGUUGGCGGAUGCGAAGAGGGACGCGGAGAGGGUAGUGGAUGGUCUACCGCUUCCGAUCAGCAGUAGGAAAGGGACGGGAAAAGGGAAAGUGAAUGUAGACGGGUUGAAGAGUGUCAUCGGUGGAGUUGGGAAGAAGGUCAUGGAGAAGAUAGAAGAGAGUCAAGAGAAAAGGAACAGGGAGAAGAAAGGACAGGAGGAGGAUGUCGAAAAGACAGGUGCUCCGGCGAUGUCGAUCUUUACUCCAACCCUACCGUCUGCGGUUGUCGCCUCCAGAGUCACGCCGCCCCCAGCUGCAGCUGCCAACCCUGCAACAGCUUCCGCAACGAUAACCUCUCGUCAUGCGUUUUCGACCACUACGCGUCGUACAUCAUCCAGCAGCUCCUCCUACACCACCUCUUCCACAACUACAUUUGAUCGCGAUCAACCAACACAUCCACCACCCCUGCUCACCACCACCUUCAGCUCUCCCCUCUCCCGCACAUGGCCCCUUUCUCCACCACCUCGAACAACGCUCAAAACCGUCCGAUUCACACCCUCCCCCACCCCGCACUACCCCUCCACCACAGUCGACUCGCUCCGCGCUGGAGUCGAAACCACCCUUCCUCCCUCACCCCUCGUCGUCGAAGGAUCCAACUUCCACCUCCUCGCACCACCACCCUCCACAUCAUCCAAAUCCACCACUUCGACCGAGUACCACCUUCUCGCUCCACCACCUCUAAACCUUUCCCAAAGCAACGACUCGAACGGAUCUCGGGUGGGGUUGAUCGACGGCGAACGCUCACCUUCCGUGCUAGCCUCGCUCAAAGCAGCCAUGCUCGAGGCCCAGGCGAAAGCCAGUCCCAGCAAAAAAAGUCUCUACCUCGGCAGCAGUAAGUGGAGAGAAGAGUAUGCGGCUUUGACCGGUGCGACACCCUCCGACUGUCACGGCGGGGAUGAGGAAAAGGUCCAACCGCAUCACGGGAGUGAAAAGGAGAAAACGGAGAAAGACGGUCGGCCAUACAACUUUCUAUAA